CCAACUCGUGUUAGUGUUACCGACGUGACAGACUUCGCGCUGAUGGCUGUCGAUGCUCAGUUUACCAUGGAGGAAAGCAAAGAACACAAACACAAGCCACUGGGCAUCGUGCUGAUCGUCUUCGCCUGGAUAACCUACGUUAUCAGGCUGGUGUUCAGCUUCCUUAGACAAUCAGGCGCUGUUAAGGGGUUAUUCAUCACCAGCGAAGGCAACAUCUCCCGCCAGUUUCCAAACGAAAUCGUGCCGGCUCCUUGGGUCUUUAUGUACAUCUGGGUGAUCAUCUACGCCUGGGGCUUUCUCUGGAUCAUCUACGUCACGGUCUGCAUCUGUCGUAAAACUUCCCGUGGUUACCUCUACGUCACUCCCGAGCUCUUCCCAACCUCCUUCUACGUCACCUGGUACGUCAACAACCUCUUCAUCUUCGCCUGGGUGUUCCUGGACGAUUCACUACAACGUGUGGGGGCUGCCAUGCUUCUUGCCCUCUCUGCCCUCUCCCUCUACUACAUGAUGUACAUCUCCUACCGUCGAGUAAAUCAGAACGGGUCCUGGCUGACCGAGAACGCCCCUGUUGACCUCUGGCUCAUUCGGGCUCUCGUUCACAACGGGCUGGCCAUCUACGCGACCUGGGUCACCAUCGCUACUCUAUUAAGCUUCGGCAGUUGUCUCACCUAUGAGAGUGGCUACGACAACGAAGAUGUGUCCACUGGCAUGUUGGUUUUGCUGGUCGCAAUUAUCCUAGCGUGGUUCUUCCUGGAGAAUUUCGUCGUUGAGCGGUACUGCCGCUACACCCUGGUGCCGUACGUGGUGGUGGUGGUCGCUCUCUCCGGCCUUAUUGACAAGUACAUCACGUUCACCGGUGGUUUGGAGAAGAGGAACGCCAUCUUAUCCUGCGUGUUGCUGGGCGUGUCCUCCUUGGUGUUGGUGCUUCGCUUCUCAUUGGUGAUCUGGCGUCACGUGACGCAGCCGCUGUACGUCAACACCGUCAAGACGACAUCUGUGAAGAUGUCACAACUGAACGGCGGGUACACAACAGAGCCUUAAACCGUGUGGUCACCUCGCCUAUAAAUGGUUCAUACCACCAAAAAAUUGCUGAAGUUAUAAUCUCGAACCAGAUCCACGGUGCGUAAUGUAAAGUAUCAAACUUCCCUCCGGUGUCCGUUUGACUCCCUUGGCCGGCUACAAUCCUUAGCCAGCUUUGAUACUAUCUUAUGGCACCGUAGAAUCUGCUUGGAGAUUACUCAAGUUAUACAACAUUGUAGUGUGCAUUUGAAGCUUUUAAUAAUUCUGUUGCAACUUUCUAAUUUCACAAAAAAGUCAUAGGUCUUGGUAGAUAGGCUAUGCUUGUAAGGCACGAUAUAGAGAGACAUUGAUUUGUAUGUACACACUGGCAUAGAAGCAUACUGGCAGAUAGAUUGUGCAUAUGAUCAUACAUAUGAUAAAUGGUUGGAGAUUAAUUUUAAUUUG